GACAUUGCAGCUAUGCUAUGGAGCGAGUCUGUGUGCAGCUGUAGUGCCUUUAAACGGUUAAAAGAGGCAGCGGAUUAAAAAUUAGAAGUAUUCAUUAUAACACAGUUGACAUUUUAUUCGCAUGGGUGUCAGAGGUUCAGUGGUCAGUCUUGUUUUAUUUAGUGUUCUAUGUUGUUACUGUUACUGUCAGUCAGCAGUAGACUCGGGAGCUAGCAGUUAGCAGGAGCUGGCGUCACCGUUUCUGCUACAGGAAGGAAAGGAAGGAAAAGGAGUUACAGGGCCAGAAAGUGGAACACUUCUCGAAAGAUUCUUGCAAACUUUUCGUGUUAUUUGAUAGAUAAAGUGUUUAUCUUUAAUAAAUGGUAUUUCACUUUACAUUCUAAUUGUGUAAACCGUCUUAUACACAUUAUAACAGUAAGUCAGGUUGAGGAAUUUUUGGGUAGCUAAGCUAGCUGGUCACACUGGAUUGUUUUGGUGGUGGAAUUGUUCAGCACUUUUGUUUUCGCCUGCGUCAUUAUCGCCAGCUCCGUCUUUUUUAAAUCGUUUAUUCAACUGUCAUGGCUACAGAUUCGAUUGAGAGUGAAGGAGAUAUGAAAGAAACUGGUAGAGUCGAUAGGCUUCUGAAUAAGAUCAGUAAUGACUCAGACACACCCAGCAGCAACAGUUCUUUAACCCUGCAAAACAAUCAGACAGGUCGCUUCUCGCCCUCGGCUGAACCGGUAAGAAGCGAUGAUAGCUUUGUGGCACAGGACUGCACCCUCACAGAGCAAAAGGGGGAUCAGUCAUCCCCAUCCAGCCCGGUGAAAACUAAAGAUCCAGAACAAAACACUUCAACUCCACACAAUGAGCAAAAUCAAAAAGCGACGCGGAGCUCUGAUCCAGUGAAUGUGCUGCAGGCGCAGUCUUCACCUGAACAUUACAGUUAUGAGCAACAGGAAUCAGUCACCACUACAGAGGCUCGGUUGCGAAUGGAAGGAGUGGAGUUUAAAGAAGAAUGGCAAGACGAGGACUUCCCAAGACCACUACCUGAAGAAGGAGAUGUGCAUCUUGAUGAGCAUCUGUUCGACCAGGAAGAUUCUGCUCAUGGUGGCAGAAACACCAAGAAGAGGCUCUUAGCCCCAGAAAUCAGUCUCAACCUGGAUCGCAGUGAGGGCUCAGUGCUUUCUGAUGAGCUGGAUGAAAGCACAGAGUUUGACUUGGAUGGCAUGGACACCCCCUCAGACAACAGCAAUGAAUUUGAGUGGGAAGAUGAUCUGCCAAAGCCGAAGAGUACAGACGUCCUGCAGAAGGGUAUGGAGUCCGUGAGGGAAUACACAGCCUCAGAAGAGCGAGAAGAUGACAGACGCUGGAGGGUCUUUCGCAUCGGCGAGCAAGAGCACCGCGUAGACAUGAGGGCUAUCGAGCCUUACAAAAAGGUUAUCGGCCAUGGAGGCUAUUAUGGUGAUGGGCUGAACGCCAUUAUCGUCUUUGCUGUUUGCUUUAUGCCAGAGAGCAAUCAACCAAACUAUAGAUACAUCAUGGACAAUCUGUUUAAAUAUGUAAUUGGGACUCUGGAGCUGCUGGUGGCUGAAAACUACAUGAUUGUCUACCUGAAUGGAGCCACUUCACGCCGUAAGAUGCCCAGUGUGGGCUGGCUCAGAAAGUGCUAUCAGCAGAUCGACCGACGGUUAAGGAAGAACCUGAAAUCAUUAAUAAUUGUUCAUCCCUCCUUGUUCAUUCGUACACUGCUGACCCUCACAAAACCUUUUAUAAGUGCAAAAUUUAGCCAAAAAAUUAAGUAUGUCUACAGCCUGACAGAACUAGCUGAGCUUGUGCCAAUGGAGUAUGUGUCAAUACCGGAAUGCAUCAAGCAGUUUGAUGAAGAAAAAAAUAGGAAAAGACAUAAAAGGAUUGACCAAGAAAUGCAUGGCAAAGUGGAGAUUGGAAGUGCAGUGUGAACCUGAAGAAGGGGAGAAAAUUAAAGAAGGUUUUUGUGUCUCAUAAAAUGCUAGUGCCUUUCAAAACCUAUUGCCUGUUACAUGGUGGGACUUUUAUUUUUUUUAUUGUCUUAGUGUUGCCAAACAUUGGUUAAAUCCCUGUGCUGUGGUUUAAGUAUUUUUAUUUUUUUCAUGUAUGAAAUUAGAGCGAGUUCUCACUUUUGUCAACUAUAUGUUAAGGCACUUUGUUUGGAAGACAGAAGAUGCAUGUUGUACUACAUUACAUUCAAAAUGUAUUUAUACUCAAAUGGUGAUAAAGGAGAAAGAUUAAUAUAUAUUUUUGUUUUGGACAGGUUUUUUUGGUGUUAAAUUACACAACAUUGGUAGUCAUGUUUACUGGUAGAUAACGUGUAUAGAUAUUGUUUGGAGAAAGUGUUGUUCUCUCUUCUUUCUGAUGGGAAGUUUACUAUUGUAAUCACAGUUUGUACUAAAUCACACCAGAGGGUCUCAUUUAUGCAAGGAAGCUUCCACACUAAAAGUCAUUUUCCCCUUAAAUGUAACAAGCUGCAUUAGAACUCGGAUUCCUGUCUAACAUAUUGUUUUUAAAGCUCUUUGACUGUUCUUCACCAAGCUGAAAAAAACUUUAUUUAUUCAAAAAAACACAUUUUAUGGUUGUUGUCACAAGAGGAUUAAUUUUCUCCCAAAAUAUUGGUGUGUUCAUUACCUUGGGUGGAAGGAAUGUCCACAUGGAGUCACUGUCCCUGCAGUUUUCUCUGUGUUAGACUUAUUAAAGGGUGUCUGUGCUUUUCUUUCUGACACUGUCUUGUUUAUUAAGUUUUUUAAUUAUUUUAAACUUGCAGUAAAACCAGUGGUGUGA